AUAUCUUUUACCAUAUGUACCCCAUAAACAUGAAAAUAAAAUUGAAGAACCCAAGGUUUUGGAACGAACAGUAGAAGAGUCUGGCAUUGUUGAAGAUCAUAAUGAAGGCCCUCUUAGAAAGAAAAGAGAACGAGGAAUGAAUAAAAACCGACCAAGGAAUCCAAAUCCAAGUGGGAAAAACAAAAUUUGUCGAAAAUUUCUUGAAUAUGGCACGUGUCAAUUUGGUGACAAUUGCAAUUUCUCACAUGAUAUACAAACAGUUAUAGACAAUCGGCCACCUGAUCUUGGUGAGACAUGCAUAAACUUUCAAGUUUUUGGAAGAUGUCCGUAUGGUUUAGCUUGUAGGUUUGGAAAAGAACAUCUUACAAACGAUUUCAAGAAUAUUACAAAGGAAACAUUCAGUGAAUCAUAUCUUGACCAAGUGAAGAAUACUUUAACAAAAGACUUGCAAGUGGAACUGCGGAAAAGACGAUUUCCGUUUCCUAGGUCUGAUGAGUACAUAAGGAAAAUGAAAGAUCUGCAACAUCAACAGAGAUCGUUAGGAGAAAUAGGAGAGUAUGAAACAUCAGGUGUCGUCACUGAUGAAGAUAUCAUUAAAUCAAGACCUGGUGAAAAGAAAAAGGUAGUUUACGCAAUGGUUUAAAUAAUUGAAUGAUGCCAACUCUUGGUAUUAUCCUUCGUUGUUUUCGUUAUGGCGAUACCGUAGUUGAUACUACUAUAACAUUAGAAAGGUUCAGAUUUGACUUACUCAACCGCUACCUUUAUAGUCUUGUUUCCAUAUGGUCGUAACGGUCGUAAAGAUUGAAUCACAAUUUUUCUCAUCAGCCGAAAUACAACACUUUAGAACUGAAAAUACGCGGAGUGAUUAUAAGUAGAGUAUACGUGAUGUGGUUUACAGGUAUAAACUAUUAUGAGAAAGAUCGUGACUCUAUUUUUACGACCAUAUCAAAACCAGGCUUAAGGGACAAUUAACCAAGAUUAUACCAAUGAGAUGCUGUAAUGGAACUCAAAUCUGAAUCUUUCUAUUGUUACCAACGCCAACAGACAUUUUUGUACAAGUUUUUGUACAAUAAGAAUAAUUUUUCUGUAUAAGGUGUUUGGAUUUUUCUUGGAAAUGAAGGCAUUUAGACAAUGACUGUUCACCAAUAUUUUGUUUUGCAUUAUUUAAUGGAACAAUCAGAAGGAUCAAAACUAGUUUACAUCUCUCAGACUAUUUAAAUUUAUGUAUUAAAAUAUUAAAUUAUAUUUCCCUUUAUUAAUUCAGAUUGACUUCUCGGAUAAACUUUAUCUUGCACCUCUGACAACGGUAAGAUGUUCUUUUGUCUCUAUCAAUAUGUUAAUGACUUAAUGUGCAAUAAAUGUUAUUAUGCACAACAUUCUCAUAAGCUGGACCAGUAUUAUGUUAAAACACUCAUAGGAGCUUAGGAGUACUUUAAACAGUACUUUAGGAGUAUUGUUUACGAAUAUAGAAAGUAUCAUCUUUUAUAAUGUAAUAUCUAUAUAAUUAUAAUGAAUGAUAUCUGACUCUAUAUAUUAUGGUUAUAUCUAUGUACAUACAUAAUGAAUAGUAUAUAUAUACGGAGUAGUAAGGUAUAGAGUAUGAUGAGUGGCUGUAUUGUAUAUAGAUAUAUUACCAAAAUUUGUGAUUAAUAGUCAUCAGUUGCUGAAAACGUUCGUAUUCAUCAGUAAUCUUAAAGGAAUGAUUAAUAUUUGGUGGGAAAAAUGAACUUAAAAUUUAUGUCAGCAGAAGUUUGUAUGAGAAAUAUGCUUUUUCAUGCACGGUCAUGAUUUCCUUCUACCUUCACAAGAGGGAAGAGCCUGGGAACGAGGUGGUGAUUUCCUUUGUGUUUAUUAAACUAGGUUGGUAAUUUACCCUUCAGAAGAUUGUGCAAAGGCAUGGGAGCUGACGUCACGUGUGGGGAAAUGGCGAUGUGCACUAACUUAUUGCAGGUAUCACACUGUUCCUGAAUUUCUGAAUAGGAUGUGUAUAUAAAGAUUUAGAAAGUCAUUAUACGAACCUUAUAUACUGUAACAGGUGUUGUCAUUGGUUAGAAUCGUUAUAAUGAAACGCAACUUAUUUGAAGUUUUACGAACAAAGCCAAUGAAAACAUUUUCUUUCUAUAUAUAGGUUUGUAUUUACUAUUUAGGGACCGGUCAUAAAGUAACUGCUAGGGUGGGCUGGAGUGAUUUGGGAUGGGCCAUGGAAAAUCUUUGGGCAGUUUCGAUGGGCCGCCAAUUUUUUUGUAUGUCCACGGUUGGGCCACCAAACAAAAACCCAUGUCUACUUCAAAAAAUAAAGAUAUUAAUAAUAAAAGUAAACAAAACUAUCCAAAUUAUCAAAUGCAAACGAUGCUAUUGAAGCCAGUACUUUGUUUGUGAUCGAAUCACAGCAAAUACAACCAACUGGAGAGCAGCUCAGUAUCGUAAUUGGUGAUGAAUAUGUGUUUGUCAGUGAGGCUUGGUGGAAUUAUGUAUGUCAAUACAGUGCCGGUGUAUAUUUACAAUGUUCAUACCUGCAAGUUUUUUUUGUUAUAAAAGUGUAUUUUCCCAAUUUAAAUUGGGUCGGGGUAGGUCAUGAAAUAAAUUUGGUAAGAUUAGAUGGGCUUUGAAAUUUUUAUCUACAUCCUAUAGAUGGGUCACCAAACUUAUUGGCAAAAUUUGUGAUAUACCUCCAGCCCACCCUAGCAGUUACUUUAUGACCAGUCUCUUAUCACGAAAAAACCAACUUCUGCAUAAACCUAGUCUCACAAACCACCCAUGCAGCUUAUACUGCAUUAAUAGGAUCUUCUGGAGCAUUCUUGUCUGCAUGUAUACUUACGAGUUUAAUACGAGCAAAGUCACAGUUUCAAUAUUUAAUCAGUUACGAUUAAAAUAUUCCAGAAAUAACCAAGGCAAUACGUAACAGUAGUUCCUCAACGACACGAGAAUAUGAUGCGUUGAGACUCGUUUUAUUGUUCUGAACACGUACUCUAUCGGAUGGUUAUGAGAUCCUGAAGUGUAUGUCAUACUCGAGAAUACUUAGAAAUAAAUUCAAUACAAAAAAUAUUUAUUUACCAUCAGGGUAUGCAGUCUGAAUGGGCAUUGAUGAAACGUCACCCAAGUGAAGAUAUAUUUGGCGUUCAGGUAUUAUUAUAGUUAAGUUAGUUAAUUGCCCAUAUAUACCCUCUAAUGUACUCAUCUGUAUUCUACUUACAACACGAGUGGUCGUUAUCGGGGAAUAUUCACCGAGACGAAGUCGAGGUGGAUAUUCCCCGAUAAUCACUGAGCCUGAGGCGAAUAAUUGUUUUAGUAUUUUUAUACAAGUCUUUUGUGUUUUUUGGGACUGAAUUUAUUUUAAUUUCACUUAUUUCUUUAUCAGUAACUUCCGGCCACACAACGGCUAGCAGCCAUUUUGCAAAUUUCGGUUUUGUUAUACUGUAUUCACCUGUAUAAGUGAAUAUAACAGCUUAAUACCUAAAAUUUAACCAAUCAACAUGUAGGAUUUGUUAUAUUCACUUGUGCAAAAAUACUAAAAGUCAUUAAUCGAAUAUAAGUCAAUAUCGGAUAUAAGUCAUUAAUCGAUCCAACUUUUUCCCAGCGAACUUUUUUUGCCAACCAAUCACAUUGCCGAGAUUUGUUUUCUCUUUGCUUCGCGCCAAUAAUGCGUUUAUUCACCGGUCAUUCAAUUUAACAAAAUCUAAAUCAUCAAAAAAACAAGUGAAAAGAACAGACUGAACAGUAAGCAUCAAGAAAACGCACAAACAACAAAACAAAUAACACUCACUUACCUCGUGCAUUAACUGAUACUUUCUAUACAAAACGCACGUCUCAAGGUGCAGAAAAGCGGCGUGUUCGGACUGGACAAAGUUUUGGUAAAAUUCAAACAUUUUCAAGAAAAUAUCGAUAUAGUUUAAAACUGUCGCGAAAACGAGCAAUGAAAAUGCGCUCAACGGACCAAUUAACUAUGAAAUAAUUAAUGACGAAAUAAUUAGAUGUCGCUCUGAUGCACGUGCUCGCGAUUACGUCAGAAUUUUCCUACAGCUGACUUCGUAAACUGUACAACUUUCUGGAGCGUGAUCAAACACAAUUCCGUCUCUCUUAAUUUUCGGUCGAAAAUGCCCUACGAGAACUAAAUUUGAAAGCGGUAUAUCUCCCCUCAAGGACUAUAUUAUUGAAGUCGUCAAAACGUCCCUUGCUAUCUAUUGUAUGGAGUGACAAAAAGUUUUUAAAUUCGAAAAAAGGGAUUAAUUAUAUUUAAUAGGUUAUAAAAUUUACCCAUGGAAGUGUUUCUUUAAAGCCAAGCGAAGACUCCACGAUUUUAAUCUGUCGAUAUCUGAUUUAUUACGUGCAUGGUAUUUUGGCGAAGUCACUGCAGAGGAGGGAGGAUAAUGAGCCCACAGAUCAUACCACUGACUGUUUUUCGUUUUAACAUUUGUCUAAACCAAAGUGGCAGACUAAAAUUUAUCGUGUGCGCCCGGCUUUUAAAACACAUCAAGCUUCGGUUUUGCUUCCUACCAUACGUGUAUGAACUAUAUUUACUGUAUGUGAUUGGAGUUGUGCACAGUUUUUUGCCCGAGCUAUUCAUCUGCUGCUAAAAGUGUGCCAUUCUUUCAUAAUGUCCAUUUACAUGAUACUAGUCUUAGUGUCUUACACGAUUCUUAUCCUGGCGUAUGUACUUGAAUAAAUGCGUGUAAAGAUGUCACAUUUCAAAUUUCGCCAUAAACUGAUGAACAGGAAUAGUACCGUCAGCAGUCGUUUUCAUACGCCAGAAUGACAAUCGUAUAUACGACUAGUCGUAUCGUCACAGGAUAGAGAGAAACAGAAGAUCGACUUCUUGGUUUUUCCUAUGAUUUUGGCGUAACCAUAAUUCGUCAUCAAAAUGCUGACUUCAUGGUCCUGGCCAGUGGUCUUAUGAGAGGCAUUCACUCCCCUGAUAAUAUUCAAAAUUGUGGCUGUCCAGGGGGGUAAUAAGCGCACUGGCUAGGACCAUGGCGCCAGCAUUUUGAUGACGAAUCAUUGCAAACCAUGGUGUGGCAGCGGUUACGCUUUUUUGCCUGAGUCGUCCUUCUGUGUGUCAUUAUUCUGUGGUAUCGUAUGAAAAGAAACCCAGUAGAAACGUUCCUAUGUGAAAAUUUUCCUUGCGAUUUGUACUGUACUGUACUGUACUGUACUGUACUGUACUGUAGAAACGUUCCUAUGUGAAAAUUUUCCUUGCGAUUUGUACUGUACUGUACUGUACUGUAUUGAAACUUUGUUUAAACACGGUAGAAUCAUCAUACAGUACAAAAUCACAUUAUAUAAAAAAUUGAUAAAACUAUAUACAAAAGGACAAGGAAUACUGAUUUACAUGAUAGUGUGGGAGUUCACAGACGUUAACCAACUUUCUAAACCUCUUAAAGACACUGAGGGAUUGUGCCGAUCGAAGUUCAGUUGGUAAACUAUUCCACAAAACUACUCCAUCAUAGCUGAAGGAGCGAGCGCUUUAGAUAAUCUGUACGCGGCUUGUGGACAAGUACUUAGUAUAGCUCUUAGUUCUAACAGAUUCUGAUAUUGUGUUUAGCUUUGUGGAAGUUUUCCAGACACAAUGAGCAAGUGUGCUGAGUUACUACAAAGCAAAACUGAAAUUGAUUUUAUUGAUGUCAACGUUGGCUGUCCAAUUGACCUUGUCUUUAAUAAGGUACAGAAUAAUACAAUUUUUCCACCUGCUAGGGUUUGUCAAAAAACUCUUUCCUAUCUCUAUGAUUGCACGCUGGUGACUGGUUUAUCUUUUAACACGCGAAUGGCGAACUUAUAGACGAGCUCGACUGGUAUAGAUGCGGUUAGCGUUAUCACUGCACUAAACCAUUACCACUGCACUAAACCUGUUAAUGUAGGUCAGUAUAAACUAGAGCUGUGCGAUUAACCGAAAAAUUCGGUUCUUCCGGUACUUUUUUAGCACCGAAAAAUUAUACGCAAAAGAACUGGUAGUUUCGGUUUUAAUUUCCCGUUUAACGCCCGCCAAACGCCCACCUGAUUGCAGGUUGAAAUGUUUGGAAAAUAACAAGAUUGUGCUCUUUGUGCACAAUAUGCACUGUACAAACUGCUCAAAUAGUUGAUAUUUUAGUUGUGAUUGUUAUUGUUGUGCACUUGCUUUUUAAAAAGAAAUAUUUCAUGUUCAUAAAUAAUUUGCAAUUGUUCUUUUAAAAUAUUCCGAGAUUUAUAGAAACUUACAAAGACAUAAAUUCAUCUAUUUAGUAAAAAUGCUCGAAACAUACAUAAAUGAGUUCAUACAUUUGUACUGUUCUUCUUUUUUGAAAAUAACCGAAACCGAACCGAACCGAGGUUUUUCUGUUCCAAAAAAACCGGAACCGGAACCGAGAUAAAAUUUUUGGAACCGCACAGCUCUAUUAAAAAACUCAUUAAUAAUUCAUGAAGAAAACACAACGAAAAAUCAUAAGCGUAUCUGUAUAUGUGAUACAGAUUCGUGUUGAUUUACAUAAACUUUAACUUUGAUUUUCUCGGCUUAGACAACGUUUAUUUUUAAAAUUACUUCGCCAAUGAACUCAUAAGAUGAGUCGUUUUUUAAGCCAUUUACAACAUUCGCGUCCGUGUUGUAUCGGAUAUACAAACUCUCGCCUUCGGCUCGAGUUUGUAUAUCCGAUACAACACGGCCGCUCAUGUUGUAAAUAGUACAUAUAAACCGCUCUGUAUAUACUUGAAAAUUCAUGUAAGUAUAAAGUUUGGUUGGUUCUCUCCUGUGCUACUUCGACUCUGUACGUUCUCCUCUCUGUCUCAUCAAAAACUAUCUUAUAGGCUUUAUUUGUCGAGCAUGUGUGUUAUGAGCCCCUGGCUUCGGUAAUUAACAUUAAAUAACUCGUCAUAACAAAUUUAGUUAUGUUUAUACGAUUAACAAAUUUUCCUUGCGAAAGUUUUUGUGGUAAAAAAUUACAAGACAAAGGUAUAGAUAUAUAUUUGAAGUAGAUAUUUGAAUUCUUAUCUAGCCUAGAGUACGGUUAGUUUACGGUAUUACUUCUGGAAAUAUUUUUAUUUUUGUAUUGUUUGUCUUUCGUUAUAGGGAGCUGGCUCAGCAUUGAUGGAGAGAUCGAGGCGUUUUGAAGAAAUUGUUCGAGGAAUGAAAUACGUAAGUUAUGAAAGUAAUUUUCGAAAUUGA